CAGUCUUAACGACUACCCAAAAGCGAAGCGUGAUGGAGCUGCCGCCAUGCCGCUUUCAAGGCACGCGAUUCCCAGCUGGCACGCUGGCAUCACCAGCACCAACGAAGAGGACAUUCACCAGGAACUUGCAUCGAAGCUCCUUGCUGCUGUUGACUCCCUUGAGAUCGGCUUUCCGGCGGCGCGCUCGAUGCCUUCAAGCAGCGCUACCGGUGGAGGAGGUGAUGGGCGAAGUCUUAGAAGCUUUGCAGGAGCCGCCGCACGCCGCGGUGCUCGUCGCGCCGCCUGGAGCGGGCAAAACCACGGCUGUGCCUUUGGCGGUGCUAGAGGAUGUCGAAGGAGGUGUUCUGGUAACAGAGCCUCGGAGGGUGGCAGCUCGUGCAGCGGCCUCGCGGAUGUCUGCUCUGCGGGGAGAGCAGGUGGGAGGCACCAUUGGCUUCCGCACCCGCUUUGAGAGCGCGGUCAGCAACAAGACUCGCGUGGAGGUUGUCACGGAUGGCAUCCUGGCCAGGCGUUUGCAGGCAGAGCCAACUUUGCCGCAGAUCUCCGCAGUCCUCUUGGAUGAGUUUCAUGAGCGGAGCCUGGGUAACGACUUGGCGCUGGCGCUUUGCCUUCACUCGCGCCAAGCCAGGCAGGCGGCGGGGCUUCCGGCUCUUCGGAUUCUGGCCAUGAGUGCCACCUUGAGUCAGCGCCUGGCGAACAGGCUUGCCGAGCUUUUGGGGGGAGCAAUCGUACGCUCGGAGGGCAGACAGUUCCACGUCAAGCUGCGGCACACCAAGAAAAGUCGGCGCUUGCUGCGGGUUGCCAACGGCUUUGAGAAGAAGGCUGAGAUGGCCCAGAUUGUCACCGACGCAGCUUGCGAGGCACUGCAGUGGCAGCCGCCUGAUGGCCAACCGGGAGAUGUACUUUGCUUCCUGCCUGGCGAACCAGAGAUUCAGCGCUGCAUGCGGCAGCUGAAGGCAAGGCUUGCCAAGCAACCAACCAAGGCAAAGCCGAAGGCGGCUCCCCGCCGUGGCUUUGGGGAGGAUGCUACAUCCGCGGCUGUGUCCUUGCAAAGGACGCCCGUGGAUGUGCUGCCCCUGCACGGCGCACUGGACGCCGAGGCCCAAGACGUGGCGGUGCGGCCGGGCGAGCCGGGCCGGCGGCGGGUGAUCUUAGCCACCAACGUGGCGGAGGCGUCCAUCACCGUGGAGGGUGUGACGGCCGUGGUGGACGCGGGGCUGAGGAAGAGGUCCGUCUUCGACCCGGGCAGCGGGCUGAAUCGGCUGCGGCUGGUGCCGAUCUCAGCUGCUUCGGCGGAUCAACGCAUGGGCCGAGCAGGACGUCUGCGAGACGGUCUUUGCCUUCGGCUUUGGGCUUCGGAUGAACGCCUGCAACCGGAGGAUGUGCCUGCCAUCCAAGAGGAGGACCUGGCCAGCGCGGUGCUGUCUCUCGCCUCCUGCGGGGUGCGCCCCAGCAGCAUCUCCUCCCUCCAGUGGCUGGAUCCGCCACCAAGCAGCUCGGUUCAGGAGGCCUCCGAGGUUCUUCGAUCGUUGGGUGCCUUUGAGUCAGACUCCGAGGAGCUCUCGCGGCAUGGCGGUGCCAUGGCCAGGCUCCCGCUGCAUCCGCGCUUGGCACACAUGGCACUUCGUGCGGUCAAGGCGCCACAGGCGGAUGCUGGGGGUUUCGGCAUCGCGCAACUCUGUGCCCUCCUGGAAGAGGAUCAAGAUGUGGUGCAGGUGAAGCGCAGCUGCGCAGACGUGACGGCGAGGCUGCUGGCCCUACAAGGCAGAGCAGAUCCUCGAUACCCAGACGCGGAGGGAGUGCCAAAGGUGUGCGCCCGCGUUCUGCGUGCAGCAAAGCGGCUGCAGGGCGACCUGCCCCCGGAAGUUCGACGAGUGCGGUUUGAGCGCUGUGGCUGGCUUUUGGCCUUGGCGUAUCCUGAGCGAGUGGCAAGGCGCGGCAAGAAGGGCCGCUUCUUCUUACGGGAUGGGUCUACCUGUGUGGUCAAGGAUCCCAUCCUCCGGGAAGAGGAGUUCCUGGCCGUCGGGCGCCUGUUCAAGACGGUCGUGACCCUUGCAUCGCCGCUCAGCACCGCAGAGGCGGCGGCGUGCCUCGCUUCCUCCGGUGAUGAUGGGGCAGACAGUGGCUGACAUGGAGAAAGGAGCACAGAGCCAUACAUUGUGGCCAGACUCGCGGGGUUGCAUGGGUGGUAGGCAAGUGAAUAGACAUGCCCACAACUUCCGAC